UGCCGUAAAACGCGCUGUCGUAAAUCACAUGGAAACGUCAAGUGUGCCGCUCACGUUGUGCAGGUAAAUUGUCUUUUACCUCGACUGUAAACUUCUAAAGAUGUCUUCUUUCCGCUGUGGACAGUCUUAGAGCAGAAGAGGAAGAAAAAUGGUGUCCGGUUAAAGCAGCAGCCCGUCUGUUGUCAUAGCGACCGCUUAGUCUGGUUGAGCUGUGUGAGAGUGUAGCUGCUCGGCAUCAUGUUCGUGUUGGUGGAGAUGGUCGACACUGUCCGCAUCCCUCCGUGGAGCUUUCAGAGACAACUGAACGAUGCUAUAGCCGAGGAGCUGAACAAGAAGCUGGCCAACAAGGUGGUCUACAAGGUGGGUCUCUGCAUCUGCUUGUAUGACAUCACCAAACUGGAUGACUCCUAUAUUUUCCCAGGGGAUGGCGCCUCACACACUAAAGUUCAUUUCAGGUAUGUCGUCUUUCACCCUUUCCUCGAUGAGAUCCUCAUCGGCAAGAUCAAGUACUGCAGUCAGGAGGGAGUUCACGUGACAAUGGGCUUCUUUGACGACAUCCUCAUUCCUCCAGAGUCGCUCCAACAGCCUGCAAAGUUUGACGAAGCAGAGCAGGUUUGGCUCUGGGAGUACGAAACAGACGAGGGAGCUCAUGACCUCUACAUGGACCAAGGAGAGGAAAUCCGCUUUCGGGUGACAGAUGAAGUCUUUGUUGAUACUUCACCGACAGGUCCUGCCACCGCAACGCCUGAUACGCCGGGACAACCGGGACAGCCGGGACAGUCGACAGCACCGCCAGCAGAAGACGCUGGAGAGAAGAAAGAGGCUCCGUACACUUUGAUUGGGACCAUCUGUGAACCGGGGCUGGGGCUGCUGUCAUGGUGGAACAACUAGCACCAAGGAGGAGAAUAUCUGAUGGUUAUGAGCAGGUCGUCCAUCACAGCAGCUCUGAAACAUGGCGGACGGUCAGCAGGAGACACUGAAGCAUGAUGUUUGGCACUGAAAUCAAGCUGUGAUAUGAAACAAGAUACUAUCUGUGUUAAGUGACGAUAUCAGCCCUGUCCCAGUGGUACCGACUGUAUUAGAUCGACUGUAAGCUCACCAGCUUCAUGUUUACAGGAAAACUACAAAGAAGUCAUCGAUUAUUUGAAUAAUGUCAUCACUGCUUUAAUCAGAUUGACACUCAUCCAGAAAUGUAACUUACAGGUUUAAAAUAGGUGCUGAAUAGUUGGGUAGACUGCAUGGUUUCAUGUAUGUGGUGCCUUUUUUUAGUUUUAAGGUGAGAAAUGAGGCUGGAGGACAUUUCUGUUGAUAUAAAUUGAUGUAUGGCUGAGAUGUAAAAAUAAUAAGAUCCAAAUAACAGCACAAACCAUAGACAGAAAUUACUUCUACCCAUUUUUUUUGUUCGCACAUCCUUAGGUUAUUUAUUGGCCUUGUGUUUUGCUUUGUUUUUUUCUGUAUUCCAGUAAAAAGGCGUAUCACCAGA